AUGGUCGAAAGCGGCAAAGAAAAUGGAGUUCGAUGGCGGCAAGGCCAUAACGAGACUGAGCCUGUAGUAGCUGAGCGGCAAGUUGCAGUCGUGCCUAUCGACGAACUGCAUAAAUACGACCCUGAGGUUCACUCGUCUCUUGUCCCUCACUCAAAAACGGUCCGGAAAUUCUUAACUGGUCAGCUGGCAGCACAAUCAAACAUAGAGGCUAAGCGAGUUAAGUUAGGAAUUACCAACACUGCGGGAAAGUUGGAGGAUUCUGCAGAUAAGGACCGGUUAAACUCUGAAUCUAGAAAGAGAAACUCGCUAAACGGCAGGAUUGCCGGCUUAUAUAAAGACAUUGGCGUUAUGCAACUCGGUGUGAACGACCCUAUUCAACCCAACGCGAUACUUGGAAGCGGUUUAUUGGCUACUACUGACGGGUAUGGACAUGCACUGGUAGCGAUGUCAUCGAUAUCGGGGCCUCUCCCAUCCAUGCAACCUCUUCUGUCGCCUGUUCCGACUCUUCGUAGUACUAGAGUUGCACGAUCUAAGCAUGUGACGGGGCGAGCAAAAGGAAGAGAGGCUAUAACCCAGCCUGUCAAAUUACCAGGAAAUCCGACGCUCAAUAUAAGGCCGCUUCAGCGCCACCAGCUACUAUCCGGACCUGAGUCCUCGAUCCCGAGUCUCUCGGAGAAUGGUUUAAGAUGGGCUUUGACUCCGCCAGUGACAUCGCCGGAGACUAACCAUUUGCCACAAACAGCCGCUGUACACAGCAAGGAUAUCAUAUUAACGAUAUCGCCUUCUUGACCCUCUACAACAGCCAGGUGCAGAAAC